AUGCGUAAUCUAGAGACUACGUCGCCGGCGAGUGGCCUUUCCGCGCACGCUUUCGCCCCUCAUGAGCCUUUCUCUACGCCUAGAGACAACAUAUACCCCACGAUGCGACACUCGCCAUAUCACGCUCCAUCUACAAGCAUACCUGCUCUACCUCAGGUCCGUAUCGCGUCCAAGAAAGGACCCAAGAAGACUACGAUGGGAGCGCCCAGCAAGGCCAACGGAGUGGCCAAGUCUUACCAACAUACACCCAGUAUAAACGUCAAGGCCAUCGCUAAUUAUGACUUUGGAAAUGGGGAUCUCCAUCGGUCACUGUCUGCUAGCCCGUUGCACAGCGAUAUAUCACCGCAACUCGCCCUUCCACCGUCGAGUUCCCUCGAACCGCGAAGUGACGCGCUGGACCUGGCAGCAGCAAGCUUGGACGCCGAGAAAGAUAGUCGUCAUGACAUUCCAACACCGCAUGUUGAAGCCGACGGCGGAAUCUCCGCAGCGAUACGCCUUCGAACGCCGAGCGAGACUCAAGGAGGCAAGAACCUUGCUCGAGCAUUGGGCUUCCUUGGAGGUAGGCCCAGCCCGAUCGGCCCCGGUGUCUCAGGCUUUGACUUCAUAUUCGCCAACCUUGUCGACGCAAUGCGAGAACAUCCUGGCCAAGUCAUCAUACAUCGAAAUGCGCUUCUUGAUUCUGAAGACUAUAACUCAGCAUUCGAAGAAGACGCACGGUUGAGCCGAGACCUCUGCAAUCAAGCCAUUCUAGCAUCCCCUCCUGAUGCGUUACCGGCAGACGCCUACCUUCUCGAUCUUGGGGGUGGCUUCCAGGUCACAGUCCCGCUUGAUCCAAUAACUGAAGCUACGUUCAAGCAAGGCGGUCAAGGAAUCAUACCACCCGAGGGUCUCGUACGUAUCGCCACGGAGAUGAACAUCGACAUGAAAGACUACCGUGUCGAUGGUAAACCGCACCCUGUAUACAGUAUGGGCGCCCCAAAGCAGGUCGACAUCCGGUACAUGGGCUCGAUACCUAUAACCAUAGUGGAGAUGGCUAUCAACCGAGCUUACAACACCGACGCCGUCGAAGGUAUCGGCCCAUCGACAAUCAGUCAGCAGACGAAUAAACAUGGUCGUGAAAUUCGUGAACUCUUGGAAUCUUCCGGCCAGGAACAACAGCAGGUCACUGAAAGCGCGGUCCUUCCAGUAACGUCCUUUUCAUGCGAGAGCUGGACACCGCCUGGCAACGAAUACCGGCUAGUCGACUAUUACGUCCGCGAUCUUGCGAACGGUGUUGAUCGCGAAAACUUUCCUUCCGGUUCAGACAGGGGCUUUCUGACUCAAUUGAUUGAGUAUGUCCUCGACAAUCUGGACGAGUGGGCUGAUCUCAAGCUCAGCGAUGUCCAGUUCAUCGAAGAUUCUGGUGGCUUCUUCCAGACAACAAACCCGGCUUUCGGGCCUGGGAUGGAGAAUCCAGACGAGGAGGCGUUUCACCGUCACAAGCUACACUUGAAACGGUAUCGCAAGACGAUGGCAGAUUAUCGCAUCCAACAAAAGAAGGCCAAAGCAAAAGUCGCGAUGGAGAGCCAAGAGCAGGCUCAGUGA